CCGAGUUAUAUCUACAUGCAUUAAUCAUUUCUCUUCCCUAAAAGCUCUCGGUAUUCUUGAUUUCCAGAAAAUGCCACAUCUCAAAAAAAAUCUACAGUCUUUGCCAAGUAAUUGUGCUGGCUGUUUAACUAAUAAACCUUCAAAAUCUUCUACCCAACCAGCUGAUGAUAAGUCUUCCAGAAUUAGGCUACGUGAUGGAAGAUAUUUGGCUUACAGGGAAACUGGAGUUGCCAAGAACAUGUCCAGUUACAAAGUGAUCGUCGCUCAUGGUCUUAACGAUUCCAAAGAAAUCAAUUAUCCAGAAUGCCAAGAACUCAAAAAUGAAAUAGGAAUAUACCUGGUUCAAUAUGAUCGACCUGGAUAUGGAGAGAGUGAUCCGAAUCCAGACCGCUCAUCGAAAAAUGAAGCAUCUGAUAUUGAGGAAUUAGCUGAUCAGUUAGAACUAGGACCCAAGUUUUACAUUAUUGCAAUCUCUGCAGGAUGUUACUCAGGUUGGAGUUGCCUUAAACAUAUACCACAAAGGCUAGCAGGAGUGGCUCUUGUAGUAUCGCCUAUAAAUUACACAUGGCCUUCACUUCCUAAAGAUAUGAUAAAGGACGACCCUAGGAAGAACAUGAUUGGAAAACUGGUCUGGUUGGGAAAAAAUGCUCCUGGACUACUUUAUUGCAUUCAUAUUCUGUCCUCUUCCCUCAAGCGUCGUGGUAAUGCUCAAGAGACUAAUAAGAAUCUCACCAACCAUGACGUUGAGAUUUUGAAGAAUCGACAACAAAAGUUGGCUGGUCAGGAGCGUAUGAGGAGGAGGGACUUUAACACAGUUGUUCGCGACCUUGUUGUGGUUUCUGGAAAAUGGGAUUUUGAUCCAUUGGAACUGAGCAAUACUUUCUCACAAGAUGAUAGUUGUGUUCAUAUUUGGCAAGGUAAUGAAGACCCACUCGUGCCUUUCCAAAUACAGAGAUACGUUAUUAAAAAACUGCAAUGGAUUAAGUACCAUGAAGUUCCUUACGGAGGUCACCAUCUACUCUACGACAAAAAUCUUUGGGAAGCUAUUUUAAGGUCGCUAUUGCUUGGUGAUGGUUCUAAUCAAUAUGAACCCAAACUAGAUGACUAGCUAAAUGAAUUCACUUGUGAAAAAGGAUUGAGUUGAGGCAUUUUCCUUUAAUUUCUCUUUUGACUUCUUUUGUCAUCAUAU